AUGAUCACCUUAUUAGCCGGACUGGUGGCCAUGUGCUACGCAGGACACAUUAAGGGCGGAUUUGGAGGAGGGGGCUUGGGUGGAGGAGGUUUUGGAGGCGGUUCCUUCGGUGGGGGCCAUGGAGGCGGCCUUGGAGGCGGCCUUGGAGGCGGCCUUGGAGGCGGAUCCUUUGGAGGACACGGAGGCUCCUUUGGAGGUGGUUCCUUUGGAGGACGUGGUGGCUCUUUUGGAGGUGGAUUCCCCAGUGGUGGUCGAUAUGGAAAAUAG